AUGCCAUAUAAAUUAAUUCGUUCUCGUUUAAUUCAUUCGAUAUUAAUAAAACGUUCAAUGACUUCAAAUAGUUCGUCAGACUAUUCAGCAUGUAUUACAACAGUGUCCAGUGAUGAAACAGCACGUAAAUUAGCACGUUCAAUAGUAGAAUCGCGUCUUGCUGCUUGCGUAAAUAUAAUUCCAGGUGUUCGAUCAAUUUAUGAAUGGAAAUCAACUAUUCAUGAAGAUAAUGAACUUAUACUGAUGAUUAAAACACGACGAGAAUUUGUUUCACAAUUAAUUGAAUUUGUUAAAAAGAAUCAUCCAUAUGAUGUCCCUGAAUUGAUCGAGUUACCAAUUAAUAAUGGAAAUCCCGACUAUCUCAAAUGGAUUGAUGGCAUUGUCAAACAACAACCAUCAACAUAG